UUUCCCGGGGACACAAGCUUGAGUUUCAGGAAGGAACAGCUGAAGCUCGGAAGCCGGGACUGCGACGCUGUUCCGACACAGGGCUGGCCUGUCGCUUCCUCUUGCGUCUUUUCUGCGUAGCUCAGCUCGGGGGGACGGUGCACGGCCCGUGGUCGGCCUGGCAUCUGGGCCUUCCGAGGCUGCCAGCGCGAGGCUGUGCCAUCACGUCGCGGCCGAGCCUCGUGUGCAGCCGGGGAGGCGCGUGCUCCGCCCUCCCGAGCCCAGCUCCCUGCCCGCAGGGCCUUUCCUCCCUGAGAUUUUUUAUUUUGUCUUUUCUUUCACUGUCAUAUCUCCAGCGUUAAAAUAGUGCCUGGCCCCUAGUAGGCUUCUGUAAAAAGUAUCUGAACUAAUUACUGAAGACGCAAGCUGUUUUAAAAACUCAUGUCCUCUCCUUGGGCCCGUUCUUGAUCAGGGACGUCACGGCCUGACUGUCAAGACCCUUCCCACCUCCGCAAGUCUUUUCUUUCUUCAGUAGAUUCCUGCCGCAGGCAUAGGGCAUGGUGCUGGCUGGAGAGAGCGAGAGAAAGGGAAAGUGAGAAGUCCCCCCUUAGAGGGGAUGGCCGAACCCUAACCCUCCGCCAUCCCCCCUCGCUCUGCUCUCGGCAGGUCUCUUCGUUACAUUGGCAAAGUGCACAUUAAGGAAAAUACACAGUGUAACCCACAUGGCAACGUCUGUGACCCGCCCUCACCCUCGCCACAGCCCCCAGUUGGACCCUCACCGCUAUUCCUCGCUGACGUCACCCUCUCAGGCCUGCUUUCUCCACGAGCAACGUCAAUAAGGUCCGGAUUCCGCUUUGCUUCCUACAUGGCUGACCACAUGGUGCUGCAGAAGGAGCCCGCCGGGGCCGUAAUCUGGGGCUUCGGUACACCUGGAGCGACAGUCACAGUGACCCUGAGCCGCUGCCAGGAGGCCAUGAUGAGGAAAGUGACCACAGUGCACGCACGCUCUAACACCUGGAUGGUGGUGCUGGACCCUGUGCGGCCUGGAGGACCUUUCGAAGUGACAGCGCAGCAGACCGCUGGGGGAGAGCACAUCGCUGUGCGAGUCCGCGAUGUUCUGUUCGGAGACGUCUGGCUCUGCAGUGGGCAGAGUAACAUGCAGAUGACCGUUUCCCAGAUAUUCAACGCCACGAGGGAGCUGUCCGACACGGCCGCCUACCAGGCUGUCCGCGUGCUCGCGGUGUCUCUGGUGCAGGCGGCGCAGGAGCUGUAGGACCUGCCUGCCGUGGACCUGCCGUGGGCCAGGCCCAGCCCAGAGAACUUGGGCCACGGCUCCUUCACGUACAUGUCGGCUGUGUGCUGGCUCUUUGGGCGCCACCUGUUUGACACCCUGCGCUACCCCAUUGGGCUGGUCGCCUCCAGCUGGGGCGGAACCCCCAUCGAAGCCUGGUCUUCGGAGAGGUCCCUGGAGGCCUGCGGGGUCCCCAGGCGGGGGUCUGGCCGGGAUGGCUCUGCCGCUGGCCCCUGGGAGCACUCCGUCCUCUGGAAUGCCAUGGUCCGCCCGCUGUGCAACAUGACCCUGAAAGGGGUGCUGUGGUACCAGGGGGAGUCCAACAUAGACUACAACACGGACUUGUACAGCUGCACCUUCCCCGCGCUCAUCGAAGACUGGCGCCAGACCUUCCACCGCGGCUCCCAGGGGCAGACCGAGCGCUUCUUCCCGUUUGGGUUUGUCCAGCUGUCCUCACAGCUGUCCACGGGCAGUUCAGACGAUGGGUUUCCCUGGAUCCGCUGGCAUCAAACAGCAGACUUCAGCUACGUCCCCAACCCGAAGAUGCCUAACACCUUCAUGGCUGUGGCGAUGGAUCUCUGUGACAGGGACUCGCCCUUUGGCAGCAUCCACCCUCGGGAUAAGCAGACCGUGGCUCACCGGCUGCACUUGGGGGCCCGAGCUGUGGCGUAUGGCGAGACGGGCCUGACCUUCCAGGGACCACUGCCAGUGAAGGUGGGGCUCCUGACCGCCCAGGGGCUGCUCACCCUCACGUAUGACCAGCAAAUCCAGGUGCAGAGGCAGGACAGCAAAAUAUUUGAGGUCUCCUGCUGCACCAACGGAUGCAUGUGGCUGCCGGCUCCCAUGAACGUGUCCACUGCCUGGACUCUGACCCUGAGCAUUGACUCCUGCCACGGCACUGUGACUGCUCUUCGCUACGCCUGGGCCACGUGGCCCUGUGACUACAAGCAGUGCCCGCUGUACCACCCGGACAGUGCCCUGCCUGCUCCACCCUUCCACACGUUCCCAGACCUGGGUCCCGGACGGGAGAGCGCGGCUGCCCAGUGCCACUCAGGGUGGUCAGAUCUUAGAGAGGAAGGUGGUCCUUGGGGUUGGCACUUAGAGCUCAAAUGGCGACAACUGAGGCACCGGCCGUUUCUGCAUCGGAGGAGCCUGGACUGGUGGCCGCUGUCCCCUUGCGGGUCCAGCACUGAACCUCACCCCAGGCAAGUCAGCCUCAAUGUCCUCACUUCCCGUGACCGUCGGGACCUGAUCACCUCGCACUUCUGUCCCUCAUCUAGAAUUGUGGAAUCUCAGGGUCGAUGA